CGUUUACCCGCUCAAUUAAGCAGUUGGUUAUAUUAUACAUCACCUGAAUUACCAUGCCCUUUUUUAGAAACUCGUCACCGUCCACCAUUGCGAUUUGCUAGCCUCGGCGCGUCCAGACCGCGACGGCAUUGGCAUGAGGGGAGGAGGAGCCGGAGAGAAGCUCCACCACAAGGAGGCCAAUGCCGCGCACGGCGCCGGCGCCGGCGCCGCGGGGAAGGGGGCCAAGGCUUGUUUCGUCAACGGCCUCCUCCUCUACGUCGUCCUGCCGGUGCUGGUCUUGUACUUCGUCAUCAUCGCCGCCUCGCAGUUCUACAACCCUCGGUGCUCGCCGGAGGGCAAAGCCAUGGCGACGCAUUUCGUUGUGGCUAACAAGCCCAACGCGUCGUUGAACGGAUCGACUCCUCCACCAGCGACUCUGGCGUCGUCCAAGACGAGGCCGACGGCAGAAGAAGCGCCCACCGGGCUGCGCCAUAUCGUGUUCGGCAUCGGCGCGUCGGCGUCGCUGUGGGAGAGCCGGAAGGAGUACAUCAAGCUGUGGUGGCGGCCGGGGCGGAUGCGCGGGUUCGUGUGGAUGGACAAGCCCGUGGGGGAGUUCUACUCCAAGAGCUCCCGCACGGGGCUCCCGGCGAUCAUGGUGAGCUCGGACACGUCCAAGUUCCCCUACACCCACGGCGCGGGCAGCCGGUCGGCGCUCCGGAUCUCGCGCAUCGUGUCCGAGACGUUCCGGCUGGGGCUCCCCGGCGUGCGGUGGUUCGUGAUGGGCGACGACGACACGGUGUUCCUGCCGGAGAACCUGGUGCACGUGCUGUCCCAGUACGACCACCGGCAGCCGUACUACAUCGGGUCGCCGUCGGAGAGCCACAUCCAGAACCUGAUCUUCUCGUACGGCAUGGCGUUCGGCGGCGGCGGGUUCGCCAUCAGCCGCGCGCUGGCGGAGGAGCUGGCGAAGAUGCAGGACGGGUGCCUGCACCGGUACCCGGCGCUGUACGGCAGCGACGACCGCAUCCACGCGUGCAUGUCGGAGCUGGGCGUGCCGCUGACGCGCCACCCGGGGUUCCACCAGUGCGACCUGUGGGGCGACGUGCUGGGCCUGCUGGGCGCGCACCCCGUGGCGCCGCUGGUGACGCUGCACCACCUGGACUUCCUGGAGCCGGUGUUCCCGGCGACGCCGUCGCGGGCCGGGGCGCUGCGCAGGCUGUUCGACGGGCCCGUGCGGCUGGACUCGGCGGCGGUGGCGCAGCAGUCGGUGUGCUACGACCACGCGCGGCAGUGGACGGUGUCCGUGUCGUGGGGGUUCGCGGUGAUGGUGGUGCGCGGGGUGCUGUCGCCGCGGGAGAUGGAGACGCCGAUGCGCAGCUUCCUCAACUGGUACAAGCGCGCCGACUACACGGCCUACUCGUUCAACACGCGGCCCGUGGCGCGGCAGCCGUGCCAGAAGCCGCACGUGUACUACAUGCGCGGGAGCCGGAUGGACCGGCGCCGGAACCUGACCGUGACGGAGUACGAGCGGCACCGGGCGAAGCACCCCGGCUGCCGGUGGCGCAUCGCCGACCCCGCCGCGCUGCUCGACAGCAUCGUCGUGCUCAAGAAGCCCGACCCCGACCUCUGGAAGAGGUCGCCUAGGAGGAACUGCUGCAGGGUGGUGUCGUCGCCGAAGCAGGGGAAGAACCGGUCGAUGACCAUCGACGUAGGUGUUUGCAGUGAAGGCGAGUUCGCCAAGGUUUAACUAAUCCAUAGGGGGACGGAUUGUUUGAUUGAUUAGGAGAGGGAAAGAGGAAUUGACGGCGGCAGAAGAGGUCCCGGAACAAACAGCAGGGAGAGCUAAAAUAGGCUAUUAGUCACUAGUCACAGCGUAUCCAGCAGCAGGUCGAUCGUGUCUGAAACGCUCUCUGUCUCCGUGUACGUGUCGACGCAUCUGGCGAGUGCGCCGUUUUGAGUUGACUGCAAUCUGUAGUAACUUGGUGCGUGGUUUAGUCUUAGUGUGCCGGAUUGCUGGGAUGGUUUGUGUUUAAGUAGCAACCAGCUUGUGGAAUGAAAACUCUAUACGAAGCAGUUAUAUGGCGAAUUCGAUUUCAUGUGCU